AUGGAAGCUGUCGUUAUGGCUCCAAGUGUCAGUUUGCACACGGUGAGGGAGGAACUGCGUGGUGUACUGCGCCACCCCAAGUACAAAACCACUCGCUGCAAGGCCUAUUUGUCUACGGGCAAGUGCAUGUAUGGUUCACGAUGCCGCUUCAUUCACACUCGACACCCUGGUGAAGAAGACCAGCGGUUUGUCAACUACGGCAGCAGCGACCUUUCGAGUACUGCAAGCGAGUCAGACGAUCAGGAGACGCAGUCGAAGGAUUUACUCGUGAACCCGUAUGGCAAUGGGCUGGAGCCGAUCGACCUGUCCCAGCCGUUUGGCGGCUUCAAUCAGCCAAUGUCAUUGGCACCCCUGUCUGGCCUGUCGCCGCCUAAGCCGGAGUUUGAUUCCUACCUAAGCCAGCACUCGUUCCUCGAUUAUUCGUUCCAAAGCAGCGACCUUGGAAAUUUUGACUUGCGCAGCAGCAUUUCAAGUUGCUGCAGUGCCGAGGCGUUGAAUGCAGUCUCACCGCGGUCUGCGAGCAGCACGGAGUCUGCGACAUCCAAGUUUUCUCGUUUGACGAUAUUCCAGCGCAUUUGUCGCGAGAACGAGUAA